AUGCUAACCGUUUCCAAUGUGUCACUCCUUCUUUCACGACUUUCUUCUUUGGUUUCUCUUUCUAUUCAUCAUCAAUUCUCUCUCCUUUUUUUCUGUUCCCUCAACAAUUUCGUCUCUCCUCUUCUCUCUACGUCUCCCUGCCAACCUUUUCCAAUGUGUCUCUUCUUUUUCAGGUCUUUCUUCUCUUUCCUUCAUCACCAAACUCAGCUUUCCAAGCGUCUUUUCAUUUCUGUCUGUUCUUUUCCCAAACUCACUCGUAUUUGUUUUUCUUUUUUACCCCCCCCCUCUUUCUCUCUCUCUCUCUCUCUCUCUCUCUGUUUCUCUUUCGCAACCCCCUCUCAAUCUUUCAUUUGUGUUUCUAAUUCGUCUCUCCCUUCUUUCAUUGUCAAUACUUGUCUAUUCUUUUCAUAUUUCUUCCUUACACCCCCACCUAUCCUCCUCCUCUCUCUCCCUCUCCCUCUCUCAGAUUUCAAAUUUUCGUCUUGCUUCCUCCCUUUCUUUUAUGUCAAUCUUUUCUUUCGUCGUUCUUUCAACUUUAUCCUUUAUUCCUUUACAGUCUCUUUAUACUUCUCUCUAUUUAACACACUCUCUUCUCUCUCUCUUUCUUUCUUUCUUUCUUUCUUUCUUUUCUUUCUCCUACCCAUAUGGCCAAAGCAUGUUGGCAAUAUUGAAAUCUGA